UUUUGAAAGCAAUUUUAUAUUCAAGUGCACUUGCCACGAUUUGAGGAAAAUUUUGUUAAUUAGCCCCCUUCACAAAUUUCUCUAUCCACAUCACAUUUGUUACCUUUCACUUUUUACUAUUGUGACUAUUCUAUAAGUCUCCAAUUAAUCUAGCUCCUUUUCUAUAGAUCCUGACAUCCCAGAAAGACCUGCCCAUAGAUAAAGCCCUUUUCAACUGCCAAACUCCACCACCACGAAAUACAAUGGCAGACAGCUUGCCUCGCCUAGUAAGGACCUCCUCCUUACAUCCAGAGUUUAUCAGACAAAACCUUGGUCUCGUCAACACUCCCAUAAAGCUCUUGUUUGAUAAAGACACCAGCACCGUGACGGAGAAUUGGACGGAAGAAGAAGUCAGACAACAACGACGUCUCGUGAAGUUUGAAUUUGUCAGUCUAACCAAUGCUGAUUUUCUUGUAAAUUUCAAGCCCAUCCCCAAGUCGGAGUUUACCAACGACACACCCAUAAUCUCGUGUAUCUACUGGCAGGAGAAAGAUCUUCAUAUCGUCACCUCGGUUGAUAUCAUUUUACUUCUUGAGUUCUUGAUCCAGCAAAGUUUUUCAAUCGAAGAAAAAAAUAGGAUCAGAAGAAACCUUCAAAGUUUACAGCCUUUGACCAUAACCAGGUCCAACAAGAACUAUGAGCGGUUUUUCCAGCUUAUUAUGUCCAUGGAAGAUCCGAGACCCAGAAAUAUCGAGAAGGAUCUCAAGGUUUUCAAGUGGACUGAUUUGUGCAGCGCCUUAAACAAAGUCAUAUCCAAAUAUUGUUCAAGAGCAAAUGCCAGUGAUAAUCCUAUCUCCAAUACAGAGGCCAUAGGCCUCAACUCAACGACCGCUACGCCCACAUAUCAUCCAACUAACGCCCACACAAAUCUAAUUACCUCCAUGUCACCAACAGACGAUAAACUUACACCGGUGCCAGGAGCAGCCGAUACGUUUCUCCCUCUUGAACGAAUCAAAGUAAUGAGGAAAAAACUGCAAACUGGAAUCCCUAGCACCAAUCUUUAUUUCAGUACGCAUCUUCAAAAUAAGCAUAAAGUUUACCAAAACGGAAUUGCUCCAACUGACCCGGUACCCUUGAAGCAACGGCACAUGGAUACUGCAGCGCCCGCUAUUGUCUCAGGCAGUGCCAUUUCUACUCCAGUGGCCAAUCCGAGUUCUGAAAACGGACCCCCCAAUGUGGCUAGUGCUAUUUCUACUCCCGUUACCAAUUCGAAUUCUGAAAAUGGACCACCCAAUGUGGCUAGUGCCAUUGUGGCUGGGAAUGAUUUCACCGUCGUCAAACCCGAGCGCAUAAGCGAAGACCAAAUCGAAAUUAACAACGAAUCUUCGGGUAUCGAGUAUGAUUCAGCUGACUCUCCGGAUUCGGGAACCAUGGCUGUUUCGUCUUCUGAUGACCAAAUUGAAAAAUCGGGAACCAAUUUACUGAAGAACUCCAAUUCGGCUGAUGAUGAAUACAUGGGAGAUGAUGAGUUUGCAAGUACCUCUUUCGACAAUGUCUCAAAGUCCGAUGUCAGCUCUAUUAAGGCCAAUCCUGGUUCAUACAAGGCAAAUUCGAAGGAUUUUGAAUCGAAGUAUGCGAAGCGAAGUUCGAGAAAUGGUCCUACCUUAACUCUUGAAAACCCCGUAAAAAAGGGUUUGUUGUUUAAAGGACCUAAAGAAUCUUACAGUGGAGGUAGUGGAUCACGGUCUUCGGGUGUGUUCAGUGAUAGAAAAAAUACUUACCUCGGUCAAAACACCGGGGUAACCAGUGUGGACAACGGAAGUGAUAACUUUAAAGUAAACAAAAGUGGAUAUACCCUCAAUAGGCAUAAUGAUCCUUUCAAUAGUAUCAGCAAAUUUGCCCAAGACCAAAGUGACCGGAUCUUUGGCCAUAAAAACCAACCUGUACAAUACCCAUCUAGUGACCAACCCUACUAUCAAUACCCAGAUGUUUCACAGCUUCAACAUGUGGAUAAUGGGCCAAAGUUGACUAUGGGAGGUGUUUCCAAGAGGAAUACUUGAUUACCAAUAGGAAUCACCAGCAGGAUCACCAAGUGAAGUUGCCUCCUAUCAUCAAAAAUUCUAACCCAAACAGAAAUGUUUAUUCUGAUACUUUGAAUUCUACCAGUUUAUUGCGGUAUAGUGAACUGGCCGAUGGUACGCGUAAACCCCAUAAUCACCAUUACCCUGUAUAAAUUAGCUAGUAUUACUAGUGUAUCCUGAGCCUACCGCGUCAGAGCGUGAAUGUAUAUUAUAUUAUACUAUGAGUAUAACUCGUGUCUAGCUUUGGAAGUCUUUUGUACUUUUUAUAGACAGAUUUUGAGAUCCAACUUUGACCCAAUUCAAGUAGUCACUGGCUUUUUUAUUGAAUUGUUUUAAAGACUUAUCAAAGUCAUCGGUAGGAAAUUCAGGUACUUUGUAGUUAAUGUCGGAUUGAAUUAAUAUGUUUCUUGGUCCAAUUACUUUGACAAAAUUUUGAUUUCCUAUCAAGUAAUUUGUAGAUUUAGCCUUGAACAAGCCAAAGAACUUCAAUACUCGUAGGAAGUAGUCGUUGAAAGUAGUAUUUGAAGUGGGUUCCACUGGUUGUGUCUGUUCUGAAGUAGGAGUUUCAUACUUAAUGACACAAUUUUGUAAGUCAUAAGGGCCAUUUACAGUAAUUGCUAAUAAGUUGUCCUUGUUGACCAAGACUUCUUCAUUUUCAACAAGGUUGAUAUUAUAGAUUGAGCCUUUCCCGACUACGCCAAUUUGGCCCCGACCAGAAACAAGCUGGAAGUACCAUUUGUACCAACCAAAUAACCCUGUCCUGGUACUGGUAGGUAAUUUUAGUUCUCUUGAAAAUCUUUUGGAAAUUUUAUAGGGAAGUAUGAAGUUUUUCAUAAUCAAAGAAUCACCAAUGUAAAAGUGGGGUGAGCUUAAAAGUGCCCAAUCAGUAGUUCCAUCUAAGUUCAAGAUAGACAUCGACUUAUUGUUGGUGGCGUUGGACAUUUUAAACCAAUUAUUGGCAUUUGAUGUCAAAAGUAAUGAUAUUUUGGAGGUGGACAUAAGGCGUUGGUAUCCCCAAGACGAAAGGGACUGUGUCAAAGAGGACGUAGACAAAGUAGAGAUCCCAUAAAUCGAUAUUAAUGCUCCCCUCCUUAUAUAGAUAGGAACAGAAGCAGGUAAGUCCACAGAUAAUACUGACUGGUCAAUUGGAACGAGAUUCGAGGCAUCAAGCGAGUUGUCUUGAGAUUGAUCUUGGGUCAAUUUGCUUACAUUUUGGAUGUUUUCGUUGGUUGUAAUGGUCUUUCUUGUAGAAAUUAUAGGGAGUGAUGAGGUUGAUAUGCUAAUAGAUCUAACAGACCCAUAAAACACAGAUAGUCUAUUCAUGUUGAUGGAGAGCGUAGAUUUAUUAUUGGAU